CGGAGCGGGUGUCCCGUCCCGGCGCUCUCCGCGCCCUCCCGCACGAUGUCAUCGCAGGGCAAGUUCAAGAAGGACAAAGAGAUCAUCGCCGACUACGAGGCGCAGGUCAAAGAGAUCCGGAGCCAGCUGGUGGAGCAGUUCAAAUGCCUGGAGCAGCAGUCGGAGUCGCGGCUGCAGCUGCUGCAGGACCUGCAGGAGUUCUUCCGCAGGAAGGCAGAGAUCGAGCUGGAGUACUCCCGCAGCCUGGAGAAGCUGGCCGAGCGCUUCUCCUCCAAGAUCCGCAGCUCCAGGGAGCACCAGUUCAAGAAGGACCAGCAGCUGCUGUCGCCGGUGAGCUGCUGGUCGCUGGUGCUGACGCAGACGCGGCGCGAGAGCCGCGACCACGCCACCCUCAACGACAUCUUCCUCAACAACGUCAGCGUGCGCCUGGCGCAGGUCGGCGACGACGUCAUCAGGCUCUUCAAGAAGAGCAAGGAGAUUGGCCUGCAGAUGCAUGAGGAGCUGCUGAAGGUCACCAACGAGCUCUACACGGUGAUGAAGACCUACCACAUGUACCAUGCAGAGAGCAUCAGCGCCGAGAGCAAGCUGAAGGAGGCCGAGAAGCAGGAGGAGAAGCAGUUCAACAAGGCAGGGGACAGCAGCGUGAACCUGCUGCGGCACGAGGAGCGGCCCCAGCGCCGCAGCUCCGUCAAGAAGAUUGAGAAGAUGAAGGAGAAGAGGCAGGCCAAGUACUCUGAGAACAAGCUGAAGUGCACCAAGGCCAGGAACGACUACCUGCUGAACCUGGCAGCUGCCAACGCUGCUGUCAGCAAGUACUACAUCCACGACGUGUCCGACCUCAUCGACUGCUGUGACCUGGGCUUCCACGCCAGCCUGGCCCGCACCUUCAGGACCUACCUGUCGGCGGAGUACAACCUGGAGACGUCUCGGCACGAGGGGCUGGACAUGAUCGAGAGCGCGGUGGACAGCCUGGACGCGCGCGGCGACAAGCACGCGCUGAUGGACCUGUGCCACCAGGCCUUCUGCCCCCCGCUCAAGUUCGAGUUCCAGCCGCACAUGGGCGACGAGGUGUGCCAGGUCAGUGCCCAGCAGCCGGUGCAGACGGAGCUGCUGAUGCGGUACCACCAGCUGCAGUCUCGCCUUGCCACCCUCAAGAUCGAGAACGAGGAGGUGAGGAAGACGCUGGACGCCACGCUGCAGACGCUGCAGGACAUGCUGACCGUGGAGGACUUCGACGUCUCGGACGCCUUCCAGCACAGCCGCUCCACCGAGUCGGUGCGCUCCGCCGCCUCCGACACCUACAUGAGCAAGGUCAACGUGGCCAAGCGGAGAGCCAACCAGCAGGAGACUGAGGUCUUCUACUUCACUAAAUUCAAGGAGUACCUGAAUGGCAGCAACCUGAUCACCAAGCUGCAGGCCAAGCACGACCUGCUGAAGCAGACCCUUGGAGAAGGUGAAAGAGCUGAGUGUGGAACAACCAGGCCCCCCUGCCUGCCCCCUAAGCCACAGAAACUGAGGAGACCUAGGCCCCUCUCAGUCUGUAGCCAUAAGCUCUUUCACGGCAGUAUGGAAGCCUUCAUCCAGGACUCUGGCCAGGCCAUCCCUCUGGUGGUGGAGAGCUGCAUUCGUUACAUCAACCUCUACGGCCUCCAGCAGCAGGGCAUUUUCAGGGUCCCUGGCUCCCAGGUGGAAGUCAAUGACAUCAAGAACUCCUUCGAGAGAGGUGAGGACCCCCUGGCUGAUGACCAGAACGAGCGAGACAUCAACUCUGUGGCUGGAGUCCUGAAGCUCUACUUCCGGGGGCUGGAGAACCCUCUCUUCCCCAAGGAGCGCUUCCAGGACCUGAUCUCCACCAUCAAGAUCGAGAGCGCCCCCGAGAGGGUGCAGCAGAUCCAGCAGAUCCUCAUCACCCUGCCCCGGGCUGUGAUCGUGGUCAUGAGAUACCUCUUUGCCUUCCUCAACCACCUGUCGCAGUACAGCGAUGAGAACAUGAUGGACCCCUACAACCUGGCCAUCUGCUUCGGGCCCACGCUGAUGCACAUCCCCGACGGGCAGGACCCGGUGUCCUGCCAAGCCCACGUCAAUGAGGUCAUCAAAACCAUCAUCAUCCACCACGAGGGCAUCUUCCCCAGCCCCAGGGAGCUGGAGGGGCCUGUCUACGAGAAGUGCAUGACCGGGGGGGAGGAGUACUGCGACAGCCCCCACAGCGAGCCGGGCACCAUCGAGGAGGGUGACCACGACAACGGCACCGAGCCACACACCAGCGACGACGAGGUGGAGCAGAUCGAGGCCAUAGCCAAGUUUGACUACGCCGGGAGGUCCCCUCGGGAGCUGUCCUUCAAGAAGGGAGCGUCCCUGCUGCUCUACCACCGCGCCUCCGAGGACUGGUGGGAAGGGAGGCACAACGGCGUGGAUGGCCUCAUCCCCCACCAGUACAUCGUGGUGCAGGACAUGGACGAUGCCUUCUCCGACAGCCUGAGCCAGAAGGCAGACAGCGAGGCCAGCAGUGGGCCCCUGCUGGACGACAAAGGCUCCUCCAAGAACGACAUCCAGUCCCCAACAGACCACCUGCUGGACUACAGCUUCGGGGGGGUGCUGGGCCGGGUGAGGCUGCGCUCGGACGGCGCUGCCAUCCCGCGGCGCCGCAGCGGGGGGGACACCCACAGCCCCCCCCGCGGGCUGGGCGCCGCCAUCGACACCCCUCCGCGCGCCGCCGCCUGCCCCAGCAGCCCCCACAAGCUGCCCCUGGGCAGGGGCCGGCUGGAGAGCCCCGAGAAGCGCCGGCUGGGCACCUUCGGCAGCGCCGGCAGCAUCAACUUCCCCGACAGGAAGGGCCUGGCCGAGGGGCACCCCCUGAGGCCUGCCUGCGGCUCCACCAGGCACAGCAGCCUCGGCGACCAGAAGUCCCUCGAGGCGGAGGCGCUGGCUGAGGACAUCGAGAAGACCAUGAGCACGGCGCUGAACGAGCUGCGGGAGCUGGAGCGGCAGAACACGGCCAAGCAGGCGCCGGACGUGGUGCUGGACACGCUGGAGCCCAUGAAGAACCCCCCGCCCGGCGCCGCCAGCUCGGAGCCCGCCAGCCCCCUGCACACCAUCCUGAUCCGGGACCCGGAGGCGGCGCUGCGCCGCAGCAGCAGCUCCACGGCCGAGCUGCUGACCACCUUCAAGCCGGCGCUGUCCGCUCGGCUGGCCGGGGCUCAGCUGCGGCCCCCGGCGCUGCGCCCGGCGCGCCCGGCCGUGCAGCACCGCUCCUCCAGCAGCAGCAGCUCGGGGGUGGGCAGCCCUGCCCUCACCCCCACCGAGAAGCUCUUCCCCGGCGGCCCGGCCGACAAGUCGGGCACCAUGUAGGGCGGCGCCCGGCGGCGGGGCUCGGCCGGCCCAGGGGCGGAGCCCUGCCCC